CGCCAGGAGGGGGGAGCGGGGGCUGGGCAGCUGCCUGGAUGAGGGUCCCGGCCGGGGCGGGCGGGUCAGAGGAGAUCCCCGAGGGGGCGGGGGGCCCCGGCCAUGGGCUCCCAGGUGCUGCAGAUCCUGCGCCAGGGCGUGUGGGCCUCCCUGACGGGCGGCUGGUUCUUCGACCCGCACCAGAGCACCUUCUCCAACUGCUUCCACCUCUACGCCUGGCUCUUCUUGCUCGUCCUCCCCUUCCUGCUCUACAUGGUGCUGCCCCCCAGCAGGCUGGUGGCCGGUAUGUACUGUGCCGUGGUCGGCGUCUUCUUCACCAUCAUCAAGACUGUCAACUACCGGCUGCACACCAUGUUCGACCAGGGCGAGAUCGUGGAGAAAGGAGGCGCUGUGCUGCCCGACGGGGCCAAGGCCGAGGAGGGGGAUGCGGGCGAUGAUGGCAACAUGCCCAGGGACCCGGGUGGGAGCGUUGAGAUGACGGUGUUCAGGAAGGCCAGCUCCACGCCGCCCGUGCGCUGUAGCUCCCAGCACUCCGUCUUUGGCUUCAACCAAGUCAUGGAGCUGCUGCCCCACCUGGAAGAUGCUGGAGCCCGACGAGACAUCAAGGAGCUGGUGAGGGCCCAGGGGAGCAACAACGUCAUCGUCACCUCGGCCGACCGCGCACUGCUAAAGCGCCGCCAGCAAGAUGACCCCAUUGGUGACUCCCCCCCCGAUGGCCUGCCCGGGGGUCCCUCCGGCAACGCACCCCCUACCCCUGCACCUCCGGACCCUCUUCUCCAGCCCCUCCCUCCAGCCCCUUCCUCAGCGCCCAGCACAGACUCCUCGGAGCCCUCCCCAGGGAGCCGCUGGACAGGCGAGAGCCCCGUCGAGGCUCCCCCCAGCCCCCUGCUGCCUGGUGGCCUGAGCCAAAGUUUCCUGAGCCUGGCACUGCCCGGAGGACCCCGCUACCGGCCCCUGGAGGGGCCGGGCCCCGAGCACCCUCCUCCCCCACAGGCCGGCUCCUCUGACAGCUGCUUCAGUGGCACUGACAAGGAGACGCCCAGCACCCGCAGCAGCUACCGCAGCGAGCAGACCCACUCCACCCAGCUGGACAGCCCCCCUGGGCGGGUCCCAGCACCCCCCGCUGGCAGCGACACGGAGCCCCCCUCAGACGGAGACCUGCCCCGCUCUCCUCCACCGCCGGCUGAGCCCGUGGUGAGGCCCAAGGAGCUGGCCUUGCGGCGGGGGAAACCAAGUGGACGUCGGCGCCGGAGACCUGGAGGCCGGAGCCUGGAGCCUGGAGGGGCGUUCACGGAGGACGAGGACUCCAGUGAGGGCAGUGAGGACUCCAGCCUGCGCUCCCAGCGCCCCUACAGCUCUGACAGCUCCUCUUCCACCUCCUGCUACUCUCCAGAGACCGAGGCCCCUGCGGCCACCCGCUAUGGGCCCCGGGCCGCGAAGACCCACGCCCGCGUGCUCAGCUUGGAUGGUGCUGGCCCAGGGCCCCCCGCCACAGCCACAGCCCCCUCGCUGCCACCGCCUCCACUGCCCCCGCCUGGCCUGGCCAAGGCUGACCUAGAGGCCCCCCCUGAACCCGGGGGACCUGGGGCCAACCAGCCAGGCUGGCGCGGAGAGCUGAUGGAUGAGGGUGCCGUGGGCGGAGCAGGGCCAGGUGGGGAUGAGAGCCGGCGGGAGAGAGCCAGCAGCGUGCGGCGCUCCCAGGCCAUGCGGCGGCGGCACAAUGCAGGCAGCAACCCCACACCCCCCUCCUCCGUCAUGGGGUCGCCACCCAGCCUGCAGGACCUGCACCGGGGCCGGGCAGCCUCUCAUGGGCGGGCACUGACGCUGCCCUCGGCCCUGCAGUUCGCCAGCUCGCUGCUGCUGCCACGCGGUGCCAUCCAUGAGGCCUGCACCUUUGAUGACACUUCUGAGGGUGCCGUACACUACUUCUAUGACGAGAGCGGUGUGCGGCGCUCCUACACCUUUGGCCUGGCAGGUGGCGGGUAUGAGAACCCCAUGGGGCAGCAGGUUGGUGCCGAGCACACAGGGAACAGUGCUUGGGACCGGCACUCGCACUCAUCCAGCUUCAACUCAACAGAGGUGGCCGAGGGUGGGGGACCCGGCCUGGCCCUGCUCCAGCCCCGGCCUGUGGUGCUUCAGGGGAUGCAGGUGCGGCGCGUCCCUCUGGAGAUCCCCGAGUUCGACCUGCUGGACCAGGAGUCUCUGCACGAGUCACAGGAGCACGCGCUGAUGAUGGAGGAGCGCGGCCGCCCCCGGCACUGCUACAAGUACUGGCUACUGCCUGGGCGCUGGGUGCGGGUGCGCUACGACCGCCUUGCCCUGCUGGCCCUGCUCGACCGGCACCGGGGGGUGAUGGAGAAUGUCUUUGUGGUCGCUCUGGUGGUCCUGGUGGCCUUUCUGGGCUACCUGCUGCUGCUUCAGGGCUUCUUCAGGGACAUCUGGGUCUUCCAGUUCUGCGUGGUCAUCGCUAGCUGUCAGUACUCACUGCUCAAGAGUGUCCAGCCUGACGCCGCGUCUCCCAUGCACGGUCACAACUGGAUCAUUGCCUAUAGCCGUCCUGUCUACUUCUGCGUGGCCUGUAUUGUCAUCUGGGGGCUGGACUUGUGCGCCCGUGCCCCACCCCUGCCCCCUGCUACCCUCUACGGCCUGGCCCUCUUCUCCCCUGGCUUCUUCCAGGCUGCCCGUGAUGCCACCACUGUUUUCACCCUCUGUUUUCCCAUCGUCUUCCUUCUUGGACUCCUGCCCCAGGUCAACACUUGUCUCAUGUACGUCCUGGAGCAGCUGGACAUGCACCUCUUCGGGGGCACGGCUGCCACCAGCCCCCUCUCAGCCCUGUAUAGCCUCCUGCGCAGUCUCCUUGUCGCCACCUUCCUCUACGGAUUCUGCCUCGGCGCCAUCAAGGCGCCGUGGAGUGACCAGCAUGUGCCCAUCCUGUUCUCUGUGUUCUGUGGUCUCUUGGUCGCCCUCUGCUACCACCUCAGCCGCCAGAGCAGUGACCCCACCGUGCUCUGGUCCCUGGUCCGUGCCAAGCUGUUCCCAGAGUUCGAGAACCGCAGCCCCGAGAGCCCCCCCGGCGUGCAGGACCCCCUGCCCGAGAAGCUGCGCAGCUCCGUGCGGGAGAUCCUCUACUCGGACCUGGUGAUGUGCGUGGUCAUCGCCGUGCUCACCUUCGCCAUCAGUGCUAGCACUGUCUUCAUCGCCCUCAAGUCGGUGCUGGGCUACGUGCUGUAUGCCCUAGCUGGGCUGGUCGGCUUCCUCGCCCACUACCUGCUGCCCCAGCUCCGCAAGCAGCUGCCCUGGGUCUGCCUCGCUGUGCCGGUGCUGAAGCCCCAUGAGUACAGCCAGUUCGAAGUGCGCGGUGCGGCCCAGCUGAUGUGGUUUGAGAAGCUGUACGUCUGGCUGCAGUGUGCGGAGAAGUAUGCGCUGUACCCGGCUGUGGUCCUUUACGCUCUCACCCUGGACGCCCAGGCUGCCAGCGCCCCCCAGCCCGGCACCCCCUGCCUCUACUGCCGUGCCCUGCUGCUGACCGUGGCAGGGAUGAAGCUCCUGCGCGGAGCAUUCUGCUGCCCCCCCCAGCAGUGCGUGACCCUCGGCCUCACCGUCCUCUUCUUCCGCUUCGACUGUCCCCGCUGCACUGAGGGCUUCGUGCUCGACUACUUUCUCAUGUCCAUCGUCUGCAGCAAGCUGUGGGACUUGCUGUACAAGCUGCGCUUCGUGCUCACCUACAUCGCGCCCUGGCAGAUCACCUGGGGCUCUGCCUUCCACGCCUUCGCCCAGCCCUUUGCCGUGCCCCACUCGGCCAUGCUGUUUGUGCAAGCUGCGCUGGCUGCCAUCUUCUCGGCCCCGCUGACACCCCUGCUGGGCAGCGCCGUCUUCCUCAUGUCCUACGCGCGGCCCCUCAAGUUCUGGGAACGCGACUACAACACAAAGAGGGUCGACCACUCCAAUACCCGCUUGGCCACCCAGCUGGACCGUAACCCCGGGGCGGAUGACAACAAUCUGAACUCCAUCUUCUACGAGCACCUGACGCGGUCGCUGCAGCAGACGCUGUGCGGGGACCUGCUGCUGGGGCGGUGGGGCAACUACGCGGCCGGUGACUGCUUCAUCCUAGCCUCUGACUACCUCAAUGCCCUGGUGCACCUCAUCGAGAUUGGCAACGGGCUUGUCACCUUCCAGCUGCGUGGCCUUGAGUUCCGCGGCACAUACUGCCAGCAGCGGGAGGUGGAGGCCAUCACGGAGGGGGUGGAGGAGGACGAGGGCUGCUGCUGCUGCGAGCCAGGACACCUGCCCCACGUGCUGUCCUUUAAUGCGGCCUUCGGGCAGCGCUGGCUGGCCUGGGAGGUGGCCGCCACCAAGUACGUGCUGGAGGGCUACAGCAUCAGCGACAACAACGCUGCCUCCAUGCUGCAGGUCUACGACCUCCGCAAGGUCCUCAUCACCUACUACGUCAAGAGCAUCAUCUACUAUGUGACGCGGUCGCCCAAGCUGGAGGACUGGCUGCGGCACGAGGGCAUCCGUGAGGGGCUGCGCGGCGCUGUGGCGCCCGGCUACGUCGAUACCGACCCCACCUUCAAUCCCAACAUCGACGAGGACUACGAUGCCCGCGCGGCCGGCCUCACGCUGCCCGCCUUCCGCCACGCGCACCUGGCCUGGAUCCAGCACUGUGCCGCCCAGUGCCCCACGCCCGUGGACAAGGAGUGGGACUCUCCGUUGGUCACUCUGUGCUUCGGGCUGUGUGUGCUGGGCCGCCGGGCUCUGGGCACUGCCUCUCACAGCAUGUCGGCCAGCCUGGAGCCCUUCCUAUACGGCCUCCAUGCCCUGUUCAAGGGGGACUUUCGAAUCACCUCCCCCCGUGACGAGUGGGUUUUCGCCGACAUGGACUUGCUGCACCGCGUCGUGGCGCCUGGCGUGCGCAUGGCCCUCAAGCUGCACCAGGACCAUUUCACGUCACCAGACGAGUACGAGGAUCCGGCUGUGCUGUACGAGGCCAUUGCAGGGCACGAGCAGCGCCUAGUGAUCUCGCAUGAGGGUGACCCGGCCUGGCGUGGUGCCAUCCUGGCCAACGCGCCCGCUUUGCUGGCCCUGCGCCACGUGCUGGACGAUGCUGCCGAUGAGUACAAGGUGGUGACCUUGCACCGCCGCCACCUCGGCUUCCGCGUCAUCAAGGUGAACCGGGAGUGCGUGCGGGGGCUGUGGGCCGGGCAGCAGCAGGAGCUGGUUUUCCUGCGCAACCGCAACCCGGAGCGCGGCAGCAUCCAGAACGCCAAGCAGGCGCUGCGCAACAUGGUGAACUCCUCGUGCGACCAGCCCGUGGGCUACCCCAUCUACGUCUCGCCCCUCACCACCUCCUACGCCGGCCCCCACGCCCAGCUGCGCCGCCUGGCCGGGCCCCCGCCCAGCCCCCGCGCCAUCGCCAACUGCCUGCUGCGCACCUGGCACCGGCUGCAAAAGGGCUGCGGCGCCGGGUGCAACAGCGGGGGCAACAUCGAGGACUCGGACUGCGGCGGGGGUUCGGGGGCUUCAAACCCCCACGACCCGCCCAGCACCACCGGCCAGCCCCAACCAGGCCCAGAGCCCAGCCCAGCUGCCGCAGCGCCAUCCUGGCCGGGGCGGGGGGCAGGGGAAAGUCGCCGCGAGGCCCCGCCCCGAGCGCCGGCCCCCCCACGCCUCCCAGGCAGCCAGGCGGGGAGUGCUGAGGGGGCAGGGAACGGGCGUAGUGCCCCCCCACGGCCCCCACCCGGGCCCCCCGGCCCUCCUGAUGGGCCCUGUGGCAAAUGGAGCCUGCCUGGGCGCCGCGGCCCUGGAGGAGGGGGCGACAGCAGCGACGGGGGGCCCCCCACGCCCCCCAGUGCCACAGCCCCCCCGGGCACCCCCAGCACCCGCACACAGCCUCCAGAGACCCCCCCAGGAUCCAGCACUGCAGCCAGAGCCCCGCCGGAGCCUGCGCCCCUCCCCCAGGACAGCCCAGCCGCCCAGCCCCUGCUCCAGCAUCAGUACUGAGGCUGGGGGGCCGCCCACUCCCACCCACACCCCGGGCUGGACCCGCCGUACCCCAUCCCCCCCAGGACUGAGCAAUACGGGGGGGCCCAUGGACAGCUGUGCUGGCCCUGGGCCAGGAGACCCCACAGAGGGGCAGGAGACCUUCCCCUCUUAUAUUCCCCUGGGGGCAGGAGACCCCCCCCUUCUGCCCUCCCCCCCGUUCUUUGCUUCUUUGGGGGGCAGAUUGGAAGGUAUUUCUUUUGUUUUUCCUUUCAGGUUUGGGGGGGAGCCCCAAUUUUGGGGUUUGGGGGGAUUUUGUUUUAUUAUUAUUAUUUUUUUUGGUUGGUAAGAAAAAAAAACUAUUAAAAAACUUAAGAAAAAAAGAAAGGCGGAGGAA